CCAAAAUCCAAACACAACACUGCAACCGGGGUUAGAUUAAUGUCGAGUGACGAAGGAUUUCAUUAAUUUGUGUAGAACCAGACGACUUUAAUCAAUCAUCAUGGCUCUACCUUUCCUCCCCGGCAAUAGUUUCAAACCUUCGCUUGGUAAAACAAAGCAUCACAAAUCCCACCAUUUUGAUUAUUCUAACGAUGUUUCUAUGUUGGUUGGUGCCUCGAAACCAGGAAUUGGUGGGGAACCGUUACGUGGACAAGUUAUUCAACCUAAAAAUAGUAUCUACCCUCGUGGUGAGGGCAGUAAAUUACCGUCCUGGGUAGCAUUUGAUCGUCAAGUUUUAUGUUUUGAUGCGUUUUUCCACGAAGAUGUCAUUGAGAAACGAGAGGAACAGUUCAGAGUUCGAGAAUGUAAAAUCUAUUUUUAUCUGGAAGAUGAUUCUAUUCAAGUUAUUGAACCCAGAUCUAAAAAUGCUGGAAUUCCUCAAGGAACAUUAAUCAGGAGACACAGAGUUCCACUGCCAGCACCGAACAAUGAUCAAUAUUACACCAUAGAAGAUUUUAACGUUGGCAAAUCUCUCAACUUGUAUUCUAAAAUAUUUAAAAUCACUGGGUCUGAUAAAUUCACCUAUAAUUUCCUACGUAAAAUGGGAGUAAAGAUUGAUCCCCCGUCAGAGAUACCUUCUGACCCCUACAGUGAAUAUAGAAAGGCUAUGGAUGGAAGUAUGCAGCCAUUACGUCCCUACGAGAAACACGAUACAUUUAAACAAUUCUUAGAUCACGAUCGUCAUGUCUUGAGAUUCUACUGCUAUUGGGACGAUACAGAUAACAUGUUCGGAGAUCCCAGAGAAAUGGUGCUACAUUAUUUCCUUGCUGACGAUACUAUCGAGAUCCGUGAGGUCAUUCCACCAAAUUCAGGCAGAGAUAACGUAGCUGUGUUCCUUCAUCGUGGUAAAUUACCAAAAGAUAUUGAAUCCCUCCAACAACCUGGCGUUAAAACUGAUCGAACUGUUUUAAAUGUCUUCGGUCCGAUGGGACAUGGUGGGCGUUAUAUCUUGGAUAGCUUAAAGACUGGCGCUAUCCAGACUGAUUUUUACCGAGACAGUGAUCUUACUAUUGGUACUGUCAUCAACGUCUGGGGACGGAAACUUGUCAUCUGUGAUUGCGAUGGUUUCACUAAGGAAUACUAUAAAACUAAAUACGGAAUCGAGGGAUUUUCACCUGUAGCUUAUAAACAGUCUUCAGGAUUUAAGAUCGAACGCGAGUACCCACCUUACAAUGGGUUCGGAAGUGAAGAGGACUCCCUUCGUUCCUGUAUGGGUCUUCAACCUAAACCACCCAAACGUGACUUCAUCAAGUUCAUGGAAAAAGAUCGUCAAGGUUUAGAAAGUAACGUGCUCCGUUUCCUUGCCAAGCUGGACACCAGGAAACCCAUCGAUAUGGAGCGCCAGUUUAUUAUUUCCUACUUCUUGUGUGACGACACUAUCUUAGUGUUUGAACCUCCAGUUAGAAAUUCAGGAAUAAUUGGUGGUAAAUUCUUGGAGAGAGGUAGAAUAAAGAAACCAGGACAACCUCUAUACAGCACCAAGAUGUCAGAAUAUUUCUCAGCACAAGAUCUGUUUGUCGGAGCCAAUGUUGAUUUCUCCGGGCAUAAAUUUAUCAUUGUAAAUGCUGAUGAAUACGCUUUCAGAUAUAUGGAAGAACAUUCUUCUGAGUUCCCGUUAGCCAACAUCAACCAAGCCAUCCAAAAAAUAAAAUCUAAAAUCGGAAGCAGCAUGGAAGAUGUCAGAUCAUUCUUCGCUCGAAACGACCCACACGGAGCCGGCGCCAUCAACUACGAACAAUUCCACUCGUUAUUGAAACAAAUCGAUAGCAACUUAUCGGAACAGGAAAUCAUGACUAUAGCUCGUUACUAUAGCAACAGACAGGGAGACAACUCCAUUGAUCCUGCUAAAAUGAUGGCCAUCAUACAAGAACAGCUACGAAAAAAUAAUUUUGAAGAUUUUGCCAAACUACAAGAUGGUCUACAGUAUGAAGACAAAGAAAAGUCUGGUUUAUUAAAUGCUGAAGUGAUCAGAACAGUCUUUUCCUCUCACCACGUUCCUCUACCAGAUGAUUUAGUACGAGCUGUUUUACUAGUUGCCCCUGGUGAUGGUAGUGGUAACGUUUCAUACGCUGAAUUUAUCUCCCUUAUCAACUGGAAAGAUAACCCUGCCCCACCCGUUCAAUACACAGCCACCCAGGAUGAAAAUUGGGCAGGUACCCAAACCAAAAAUCAAAUUCAUUCCAUCAGCUAUGAAGCUUUGUUAAAGGACAUAUUUGGAAAUAUUGAGUAACUUGUUGAGAAUCUAGAAUUUGUGAUUUGGAAGGAAAUUUUAAAUGCACAUGCAUUCUGAGUGUUGACUUACUUCUUAAAUUUGAGCUUUUAUUUUUAAAUCAAAUAUAUUGUCACAGAUUAAGUGCAUCUUAAUUUCACUCCAAAUCAGAAUUUUGGAAGAAAAUUUUGUUAAUUUUGAAACUGCUGGGAAUACAAAAUUCAUGAUUUGGAAAAAAAUUACAAAAUGCAUUCUAAAUGUUGACCUAAUUUCGAAAUAUAUAUUUUUAUUUGACCUCUAUAAUGUUAGGUCACAGAUUGUUAGCAUUCGAGUUUCGCUCCAAAUCAGAAUUUUGGGGAACAUAUUGUUAAUUUUUAAUGCAUGUUGAAAAUGCAUGUGCAUCAGUGAAAAUCUGGGUCACUGAGUCAUUGUUUUUAACCAUUGUGUGUGUAUAUAUAUAUCGUCUGUGAUAUUGUUUUAUUUUGUAAAUAAUCUGAUAAUUUAUAUUCUAACCUCAUCAAUAAGCUGAUGAUUUUAAUUAUAAAGAAAAGUAAGGGGGGUGGGAGUUUGUAGGAACUGAAAAUAGAAAAUGUGCAAAUUAUUUAGCCAAGUCUCUUAACAUUAGGGGCAUCACAAUUUGAAAAAUUAUUGAGGAAGGAUCUCUUGAUUCCAUUUGGAAGUGUGUUUAACUUGGUGAAGCCCCAAUUCGAUUAACAAUAAUGUUUUUUACAAAUUUCUGAACUGUUCAACAAAGGCAACACCUGAAAAUAAUCCUGAACUGAAAUUAACUGUACAGCAUUUUAACAUUGGCUUCCAUGAUUUAAUUAGCAUUAGACAUUGUCAUUUGAUUUUCUAACCAUGAUGAAUAAACUCUAUAUAAAGU